UCAAGACGACAAAUAGGGCUGAAAUGCAUCUUAUCGGCUUUAUUUCGAUUUGCUGUUGUUUCUUUUACCAUAAUGUCGAUUGCGCAUUCUGCCAACAACCAGUCACAGUAACAAAAGGAUGUAUAGAGAAACACAACUGCAACGCCGGAUUCAAAGCACUUGUUCUGUCUGAAGAUGCUGCGGCAGCGAUGAUGGAAGUUUCGUCAUUCUUUAACGCCGAGUAUAAACGCCGUUGUUUGGCAUGCGCAAGCCAUCAGAACCUUUCAACUACACCACGUGACUGUCAGGACUGGUACACUUCGGGGUUUCGUGAUACCGGCGUUUAUACCAUCUAUCCGAGCCCGCGAUUUACAUUUCAGGUCAGGUGUGACAUGGUGACGGAUGGAGGAGGAUGGACAAUUAUACAGAGACGGGUGUCCGCCAGCGACUUCUACAAAUCUUGGGCCGAAUACAAGGCCGGGUUUGGCGAUGAACAAAACUUCUGGCUCGGCAAUGAGAAAAUCUUUGCACUGACAGGCACAGGGGGCUACAGACUACGAGUUGAUUUGACAGCAGUCGGAGGUGCAGCUACAUUCGCGACAUAUCAACAGUUUGCAGUCGCAGGGGAGAAUGAUUCAUACAGAUUGUCAGUGGCAAAUUAUAGUGGAACUGCGGGCGAUAGUCUGUCGUAUUCGAACAACAUGGCGUUCACCGUUAAAGAUCGUGAUAAUGAUAUGUAUAAUGAUAACUGCGCUACGUGGUUGCAAAGCGCGUGGUGGUUCAACAUAUGCCGCCAGGCAGAUUUAAAUGGGCCUUAUGGUGGAGACAGAUAG